GCGUGGUUUGUGAAUUCACAAGUUACGGAUACGAAUUAUGAAGUUGUUUGUUGCAUUGGCUGCCAUUUUGGCUACUGCAGUGGCUGCUCCACUGGACGGUCGCAUCACGCAUGGCGAGAAGGCGCGUGAGGGUCAAUUCCCCUACCAGGUUGGAUUAAGCCUGAAUAUUGGCUCAUCCGGUGCUUGGUGCGGCGGUACCUUGAUUUCGGAUCGUUGGAUCGUUACUGCUGCUCAUUGCACGGAUAAUGCUGAUUCCGCAACCGUCUUUGUUGGCGCUAUUGACAUCAAGAAGGAGGAACCUGGACAGCAGCGCAUCCAUGUGGAGAAGAAAGACAUCAUUGUGCAUGAGCAUUGGGAUCCUAGCCGUCUGAUCAAUGAUAUCUCUCUGAUUAAGCUGCCUGCCAAACUGGAGUUCAACGAUCGCGUGAGACCCGCCACUCUGCCCAAGAAGGAUGGUCGCUACUCGACCUAUGAAGGUGAAAAAGCCAUUGCCUCCGGCUGGGGUCUCGACAGCGAUAAAGCUUCCGCCGUCUCCCCUGUGCUCCUUUAUGUUGAGAUGCCCAUCAUGAAGCCCAGCACAUGCAAUACUUACUGGGCUGGUUUGAUAACCGACGAUGUCAUCUGCAUGAGCACCAAGGGCGGCAAAUCCACCUGUAGUGGUGACUCUGGUGGCCCAUUGGUCCACAAGGACAGAGAUGUCAACUACCUGAUUGGUGCCACAUCUUUCGGUCUGUCUCUGGGCUGCGAGAAGGGAUACCCAGCUGUCUUCACCAGAAUCACCGCCUAUCUGGAUUGGAUCGAGAAGCACAGCGGUGUGGUCAACAAGUAAACUGGAACUUUCAACAUAUGCGACUUUAAUAAAAUAUGAUUAAUACUCAAGGAGA